AUGAACGUCGGAGUGAAUGGAGGUCGCUUCGAUUUUGAUGACGGCGGUACCUAUUGUGGAGGAUGGAAUGAUGGUAAAGCACAUGGACACGGUGUAUGUACAGGUCCCAAAGGUCAAGGUGAAUUUUCGGGUGCAUGGCAGUAUGGUUAUGAAUUUUCGGGCAUCUACUUAUGGCCGGCAGGAAACUCAUAUGAAGGACAAUGGAUGAGUGGAAAACGCCAUGGAUUGGGUGUUGAGAGAAAAGGAAGAUGGAUUUAUAAAGGCGAAUGGACACAAGGUUUUAAAGGACGAUAUGGUAUACGUGUGUCGGAUAUUUCAGGCGCUAGAUAUGAAGGUACAUGGGCAAAUGGACUGCAAGAUGGAUAUGGAGUUGAAAUCUAUGCAGAUGGCGGUAUUUAUCAUGGUCAGAUACAGCAAGGACUACGCCAUGGUUUUGGCAUUCGACGCAGUGUACCAUAUGGUGUUGCAUCACGAUAUCGAUCAAAAGAUGUUCGUGAUUCUUUAACAUCACUUCGUUCAGAAGAAGAUGAUGAACGAACACAACGCGAACGAGACAAGCGUAUGGAUGAAAAUCGUGGUGGAUUUGUAUUACGUUCAAGGUCAGAACCACAUGAUUCAGUUUCUCGUAGUGCUAGUCAAGGACCACGUCGUGGUUCAUUAUCAAAUAGUGCUGAUCGUCGUAUAUCAUUGCGUAAAACUCUGCUAUCAAAAUUACGUAAACAAAAAUCGACUAGUGAUAUUGAAGAUCUAUCUAUAACAAAAAAGACUAGUUCAUUUCGCUCAACAGCUAGUACAGUUAGUGGUGAUUCAAAACAUUCAGUGAAAACAGCGACAAUGAUAUCAUCACAUCCGAAUACACCCAAUUCAUUUGGCACAUUAGAUGAUGGUGAUCAUUCAUUUAUAUCUCAAGAUGAUAUACUUGAUAAUAAUGUUGUUGAAACAUAUAUGGGUGAAUGGAAAGCAGAUAAACGUACUGGAUUUGGCAUAGCUGAACGUUCAGAUGGUUUAAAAUACGAAGGCGAAUGGUUUAAUAAUAAGAAGAAUGGUUAUGGGGUUACAACAUUUCGAGAUGGUAGUAAGGAGGAGGGAAAAUAUAAGAAUAAUGUUUUGGUGACCGAUAAACGUAAGCCAAGCAAAUUAUUUUUACUUCGUGCAUCAAAAUUUCGUGAUAAAAUUGAUGUUGCUCUCAAUAAUGCAAUGAAAUCUGCAACAACAGCACAACAAAAAGCUGAAAUAGCUAUGGCUAGAGCAAAUAAUGCUCGUGGUAAAGCUCAUUCAGCUGAAAUCUAUGCAAAACAAUCUCGCAACGAUAGCGUUGAAGCUCGAACUAGUGCUAAAGCAGCUGCACCUGAUUUUCGUCAACCAGGUGAAGAAAAGCCACAACCAUACAUCCCAUUAGAUAUCGACCGACAAAUUGAUGGAAAAUUACUUCCAAACAAUCAUAUCAAUGUUAGUCCGCCAAAUGGUCGUUUGCCCAUGUCAUCAAAUUAUCUUCCUAAUAGUUCAACACCAUUACCAUCGCAUAUAUCUCAAUCUCAUCAAAAUACAUCAACAGCAACUUCACCAUUUGCACUCGAUGGUGGAGUUUAUCAAGGUCAAUCACAAAAUCAAUCCAAUAAUUGGAAUACAAAUCCAAAGACUGUUGGAUCACCAUCAACAACAACUUCUAUGCAUCAACAACAUCAAGAUUACUAUCGAGAUGUUAAUCAAAUUCAUCCACAAUCAUCUUUGCCAACAACAGCUUACAAUGAAACACCCGAUCCACGUAAAGGUACAGCCGUGUCUAAACAUCAUUCUAAUUUAUCUCAACCCUUAUCUAAUAAUGUUUCAAUAGCAAAUAAUUCAAAUUAUGAUUAUGAUCGUACUGCAACAAUGCAAACGAAUACUAAUUCUAUGUCUCUACCACAAUCAUCUUCAUCACAUUUUGUACAGAAUACCAUCGGUGUAGGUGAACGCUCAACAACUAAACGAAAUACAUUUAAAAGGACUCCACGUGUCGUCGAUGGAUCAAACGAUGACUUUGUUGAUGAUCCACAACAAUUUACCGAAUACCAUCAUCAAUCACAACAACAUGAAUAUAAUCAACCGUCGUCAUCAAAUCUUCAUGCUCCACAGCAUAUACGUCACACAUCUGGUCUUCGACCCAAUGUCCCAUCGCAUAUGUCUGCAACUAAUACUGUUAAUACUAGUGUUCGACAUAAUCAUAUUCACGGUGCUCAUGAUUCUCACAAUUUAAGUGGUCACGAUUCAGGUAACCAAUAUCAACCGUCAAUAUCGCCAACAUCAAGAUCACCAAUGGUAGAUCCAUAUGAUGUUCCACAACCAAUUCCUAUUCCAAGACGAAAAUCUUUACCGAGUAUUAUCAAAACUAAACCUAGUGAUUACAGAAUUGAUGAAACCGCUCGAUCAAGUGAUAAUCUACAAGAGAAAGAGACAUUUAUUAUUGAAAAUGGUAUACGUAAGCGUGUCACUGAAUUAGCACCCACUUAUACGGAAAGUGGUACACCAAUACCACAAGCAACUGUGAUGACGAGCAGUAGUGGUUCACCUACUCUUGCUCGUCGUAUUAUUCUAGAGAGUGUUACGCGAGUUGAUGUACCAACAUCAACUACGAGUGGUACCGGUGGAAAUAAACGAGGCAGUAUGCCAACGCUCGUUAAUGUUGCUAGAAAACGUCAAGCAGCUCCUAGUAUAUCACGAGAAGAAGCAACGAUACUCGGUUCUCAACGACGAGAAGAAUUACGACGUCAACGCGAUCGUGAUUCAACUACUUAUGGUCGUCUUAAAAAUUUGUUACAGUCUAAUACUUCUACUACUGGCACAACUAUCACCACAAGUAUGCAUGUAGCUACUCAAGAGAUAUCAGUACAAACCGACGAUCGUGGUGGUGGCAUUCAGAAUGUCAUCUAUCGAAAUCGAGUGUUCAUUGCCAUUUUCUUUCUUAAUUUAUCCCUUGCUCUUUGGUUCAUUCAAUUGUUGAGAUGA